UAAAAAUGCAUUUAUUUUUAAUGCGAGAAAUUCAUAUUACGAGAAAAUUUUAAUCUAAUAAUUUAGUUAUGGGUUGUUAUCAUGUCGACCCGGUUAGCCGUAUCAGUGCUCAUUGCCAAAUGCAUAUCGUUCCCAAUUGCGCCGCGCUUUUCGGGUGGCUCCGUCGGCUUUUCAUCCUCACGACUAUCCUCCUCCUCCUGGGGUCGAGUCGUGUGGGUGUCCAGUUAGCCGAAUGCAGUCAGGAUGAGGAUAGACUGUUACGUCAUCUGUUCAAGCAGAGGAGUUACAACUCCCGGGUUCGUCCUGUUAAGAACCACAGAGACUCAGUGUGUGUCAAUAUCAAUCUUGGCGUUCUACAGUUGCAGACCAUAGUGGAGAAGGAUCAAGUCAUGGCCAUACAGUGCCUUGUUCACAUGUCAUGGACAGACGAGCAGCUAACUUGGAACAAGGAUGACUUCGACAACAUAGACAUGGUCACAGUUCCUGCAGACUGGAUUUGGCUGCCAGACAUCGCCAUGUACAACAAUGCAGACGGCAGCUACCAGAUCACGACCAUGACCAAACCCUGGAUAUACCACAAUGGCACUGUGUCUUGGAGGCCCCCUUCUAUAUAUAAGAGCAGUUGCAGAAUAGAUGUCACAUUCUUUCCUUUCGAUCAGCAGAUAUGCAAUAUGAAAUUAGGUCCGUGGACACAUGAUACGAACUUAGUGGACAUGACCAGUUUCUCCCACGCAGACAUGAACAUGUUGAAGAAGAGUGGGGAGUGGGAGAUCAUCGGCAUCCCCGCCCAGAAACACAUCAUCUCAUACGAGGAGUGCUGCGGGGCAGUGGCCUAUGCUGACGUCACCUAUUACGUAAUACUGCAGAGGAAGCCACUCUUCUACACCAUGACUCUAAUUGGCCCCUGUGUGUUGAUAUCUUUCCUCACAGUCUUGGUCUUCUAUGUACCUUGUGAGGAGGGCGAAAAGGUGACGCUGGCCAUCUCAGUGUUGCUAGCCCUGACUCUGUUCCUCCUGCUCAUAGCAGACAUCAUGCCAGCCACCUCCCUCGUCAUACCACUCAUAGGAAAAUACCUGCUGUUCACCCUCAUCAUAGUGACCAUGUCUCUCAUCUUCUCAGUGGUCAUCCUGAAUGUGCACAACAGGGGUCCAGGCAACACCAAGAUGCCCUCCUGGAUCCGCUCCGUCUUCAUCGACGCCAUGCCUAAAUUCCUCCUCAUGAAGAGACCAGAGAGUGGAGAGGAGUUCGUGCCCAUCUGGGAAAGAGUGGGACCCAAUAACGGGCAACCAGGUAGACUUUAUCCUCGGAACAUCAACCCCCUCAUCAACCUGGGCGAGUUUGACGCCACAAAUCAGCUGAAGAAGGAGAAGAUGAAGAAAGCGGUGGACAGUGUGCUCUACAUAGCCCAGCACCUCAAGAACGAGGACGACAGCAGUGCUGAGAAGGAUGACUGGAAGUUCGUGGCUAUGGUCAUAGACCGGUCUCUUCUCUACACCUAUAUUGUAAUGUGUGUCAUAGGCACAGUUUCCAUCAUAUUUAACUCGCCAGCCAUUUACGAUCCAGACAGCAGUCAGUUCCGGAUGGACCAGAUGUAUGACAUCCGGUUCAAUCAGCACGCGGCCGACAACACUGCCUGUCCCGGUCUCUACUGGACGAAGGAUGAGACGACGGGGUCCGACAAGAGUGUAAUUCACAGACCCCUCGGCUGGGACACGCAGACGUUCUACGAAGACUUUUGAAAUAAUUUUGACGUAGUUUUGAAUUUUCCAUCGUCAGAGAUCUGAAAAGUAUGCAGAGCAAAA